CCUCAUUAUCACGGAGCACGAGCAACAUCACGAUCACCUCUCGACAUGGUGCUAUACGAACUAAUAGGGCUUGUCCGCCCUGGUAACGUCGCGGAAGUCAAAGAAAUUGUCCAUGCAGCCGGCAGCAUAAUCCUCAACGCUAACGGUGUGAUCCGGGGCAUAACGAAUUGGGGCGUCUUUCUCCUCCCAAAGCCUCGCCACGUACUCGCCGCCAAACACCACACCGCGCACCAUUUCCUCAUGCGCUUUGAUUCGUCUGCUGACACCCAACUGACGAUGCGGCGUCUACUAUCACGAGAUCCACGUAUGAUGAGACACUCAUGUGUAAAGCUAGGGAGCAAAUUGAGUGAUAUCAAAGAUGUGCCAGGUGCGAUUGAGUGGAGUACAGCGUAUAAGGGUAAUAAGAAUGAAGAGUAUGAGAAGAGAACGGAGGAGCUACAGAUGCUCUUGAGGGAGAGAACGAAAGCUAGAGGACUGGCGGCGGAGAAGGAGAGAUUUACGGCGGAGAGGGAGGGACCGAACGGAUGGGCAGCGGGCGAGAGGCCAUCUUUUGUAGACCAAUAAAGACUGCGGCUUCAAGGAUACGAACGCUAGAGGCGCUUAAAUUAUCUGUAGUAGAUGGAAGAGAGAGCUGGUUUCGUGGACAGCGCACGGGAUUCAUGUAUAUUAUACUAUUCAUGCGUGUAGAUAUUUACCACAGGUCUCCUUGGCCGGUAGUGGUCCAACGAGGUCGAACGCCAUCGAGAAUGCAAACACUUUUAAACUUCCAUGC